UCUGGUCGAUAGGAUCUCAACCCAAUUUUGAAACAAGGGCAAAACGUUGUCAGUGACCUUGUCGGUCGGAAGCCAUAGUAGCCAAUAGCCAUAGUAGAUGCAUCAGACCGGACCGAGUUGGUCUGAUGCAUCUUUGAUCCUAAAUCGGGCCGGGGUUCAAUUGGCAGUUCGUAUUUACCAACCUCGAGGUCGGUCAUGGCGACCAAUGAUGAGACGCUGUGCCUUUUGGAGCGAGAGGGUGACGCCAUGGUGGCUCUUGAAGGCGACGCCUACCUUCCUCUCGGCCUUCUUCAUCCCUUACUCAUCAACUCGGCCACCCUCCUCUCUCUUUAUAAGCGGAUCGAGGGCGAUCGGCCGCAGAGCAGCGGCGGAUUAGAUCGGCGGCGAGUAAUCAAUCAAUCAAUCAAUCAGUCGAUGGGGAGGUCGCCGUGCUGCGAGAAGGCGCACACGAACAAGGGGGCGUGGACGAAGGAGGAGGACGACCGGCUAGUCGCCUACAUCCGAGCCCACGGCGAAGGCUGCUGGCGGUCGCUGCCCAAGGCCGCCGGCCUCCUCCGCUGCGGCAAGAGCUGCCGCCUCCGGUGGAUCAACUACCUCCGCCCAGACCUCAAGCGCGGAAACUUCACCGACGACGAGGACGAGCUCAUUAUCCACCUCCACGCUCUCCUCGGCAACAAAUGGUCGCUGAUAGCCGCGCGGCUGCCGGGGAGAACCGAUAACGAGAUCAAGAACUACUGGAACACUCACAUCAGGAGGAAGCUACUGAGCAGGGGAGUCGAUCCGGUGACUCACCGGCCGAUCGCCGAUUCGACCGAAAAGAAGCCUCCUUCCGCGAUCGGAUUCAUGUCAAAUCAAACGGAAGUCAAGAAGGAAGACAAGACCACCUCCAUCCCCACCCCCACCGCCGCCACCAGCAGUAGCAGCGAGGAAUAUGAGUCCCCGGCAUGGCGGCGGCAGCGGAAGCCCAAGUUGCCGGACCUCAACCUUGAGCUAUGCAUUGCGCCUCCCUUUCCCAGCCAGCUCGAAGGUGAUCGAAUGCUCACAAAGGAAGAGGAAGAAGACCAAGAACAAAGAAGAAUUGAAGGCUUCUACUUCAGCUGACGAUACACUGUAAGCUUUAACUAUCAUAGAGAUGGAUAAACCUCCACCAGAGGCUCUCAUUCUAGAGGAGUGUUGGAUCUUGUGAAUUUACUAGUUUUUAUUAAAUUAAUUCAGUUAUUGGUGAUGAA